AUGUCGACCACAUUGAAAGACGUUCUCUGUAACAACCCCAGCAAAACGCUUGUAGAAGCAGUAGAAAUCCUUAUUGAGAAACUUCACUUGUGCCAACGUGCCCUAGGAAAUGCAGCCUGUCAAGAUUCGCCUGAGAUGAGCGACGCUCUUAGUGAUCCUGCAACGAAUUUUGAGACGUUGGUAUCAAGACUCCGUGCCAGGGCCGCUGUGGUCCAAGGAAAGGAGUCAGCCAGUCAAUAUCUAACCCGAGUUAAAGCCAACUCAGCUCCCAAUGGGAUAGGAGAAGACAAUCCGAUGACGCUGUACACAGAUAGAAAGUUCUUGGGCCGCACAAACCAGAAUAAUCGACAAACCCCACGUCAAGGAUAUCGACGCCAGGGACGUGAUGAUCGUAAUUCCCGCCAACAAGGUGAUAGGAAGUGUUGGAUCUGCCACAGGUCCGAUUACCGCUCGUUCAAACACUCCGACGAGGAGCGCCGUAGAGCGAGAGAGCAGUUUAAUGAUUAUCGACGUGUAGAUGGUAGACGCUCUGCUUCUGACCGCAUAUAUCGCGCCUUUGUCAUGGACUUUAAAAAGGGCUGUAUAAUUGAGUCAGAUAGUGAGGAGGAUGACGUUGAAGAAGAAGACGACAUUGAGGACGACGCCACUACGUAUUUCAUGAUCAACGAACUGCAAGAUCGUUCCUUUAUCCAUUGGAUAAGUGGAUACCACGAUGAUAUCGAUCAGGAAGGAUUCCACCACAAAUUGGAGGUAAGAGAGCUUGAUCAAUCAGAGCGCAAGGAUGGCCUCCUAGAACCUGCUUCUCAAUUUGUACUUGAACACCAUGAAGGCGAGAUUUUCCAAGGAAUUCUUCCAGAUACUGGAGCAGCAAAGGUAUCAACUGUUGGCCGACGUCAACUUGCUGCCUUGCAGAGAAGCUAUCCAGAGAUUACCGUCGAUAGGACCCGUGCAGGAGAGCACUCAAUUCGAUUUGGCCAAGGUGAGAGUGUUCACUCUGAGGGUGCUGUUACCAUAACAACCCCAAUUGGUGAUGUUGAUUUUCAUAUUAUGAACACGCCAACCCCAUUCUUGCUUUGCUUAGACGAUAUGGAUAAACAUGGCGCUUACCUAGAUAACAUUGCGAACUGCAUGGUAAAGGGAGACGUACGGGUCCCAAUUAUCAGAAAGCGAGGCCACCCAUGGUUCUUCCUUGAUAAGAAGCAGGCGCCAGUAACAUUUCUCACAGAGAUUGAGAUGAGACGACUUCACCGUCGGUUUGGCCAUCCUGCGGUUGACCGCUUGCACAAGCUUUUAAAACGAGCAGGCCAUGACGAUGUGGAUUACAACAAUCUUGCAGAAAUUGAGAAGUUUUGCCAUCACUGCCAAAUGAACCGGCAGGCACCACGACGCUUUAAAUUCACAUUGAAUGACGAUCGUGAGUUUAACUAUGAGAUUGUCGUCGAUGUUAUGUAUUUAGAUGGCAAGCCGGUGCUUCAUGUUGUCGAUUGGGCGACGUCCUUCCAGGCCGCACGAUUUUUGAAGUCUUUAUCUGCGAAAGAUACAUGGGAAGCGCUCCGGGCAGUGUGGAUUGACACCUAUCUUGGCCCUCCUGAUGUCAUCUCACACGACGCAGGAACCAAUUUUGCCGCAUUAGAAUUCAAAACUGAGGCUAAGAUGAUAGGAAUCCAAUGUCACCAAGUGCCAGUGGAAGCACACAAUGCAAUCGGGAAAGUUGAGCGUUACCAUGCACCACUGCGUAGAGCAUACAACAUUAUAUUGGCAGAACUAGGCGCCAGCGUCGAUAAGGACAUGAUCCUCCAGAUGGCCAUCAAAGCCGUCAAUGAUACCGUGGGACCAGAUGGGAUAGUUCCAACCGUACUCGUUUUUGGCGCUUACCCGCGCAUAACGACUGACUCGCCCCCAUCCGCGUUAACUGCUCGACGUGCUGAGGCAAUGAGAAAGGCGAUGGCCGAAUUGAGACGUGCCAUGGCAGAGCGAUGA